AUGACUGAGCAGCCCUGCACUCACUACUCCUUCUGGUUCGCUGGUCCGAGUUGUGGGAGCAGUUCGUCGGAUGUGGUUGGGGCAUCGCCCGGUCAGCAACCUGGAACAGGGAAAGCCAGGGGAAACAAGGGACCAAACCGCCGGGUGUUCCUGGCUAACAAGCCACUAGGGAGGUUGGCUGGGGCCUUAGCGUGCUGCUGUUCCCGCCGGUCGCAGGCUGCAGCUUGCAUUAUGCAGAUGGGAGAUCCGGACGCAUCUUUACUUCAAGCUUAUCGCGGAAGCAAUUCAGCUGUGCCGGGUUUAUCGCGGGAGUGGUUCGCUUUAUACGCACAGCAUCCUGAAGAUGAAACAGCUUUCUCUGUUUGA